AAAAAAACCGAUUUGCCGCUUUCUUUCCUUCAGCAGCAUCCGGGUUGGUUGGUAUUUUCUUUAUCGGUUUGGCGCGAAUCACGGGAAACCAGCGACAUUGAUACCGUGCUGCUGCGUGCGAGUUUUGUGCGGAUUAAGUGAUUAUGUUUAUUUUGUCAGUGGAAAAAAAGGUCGUGUAAGGUGUUGAUUGUUGGUAGAGUAGCGUUAAUUGACCUUUGAGAAUUGUGUUUUUUGCACCGGGUGAGUCAAGUGAAACGUGUAUCAGUGACGGAGGAAACUUCAAUUUAAUUUACAAUUAACAAAAAAUAAAAUUAUCAAUACAACUUUGCUGGAGAAUUGCACUUUCUUGAAGUACCAUACAUACAAGUGCACCUAGAAGUAGAGUUUGCAAAUUGAAAUUGGGAUGUGCUAGUUAAACGAUGAUUCUCGUUGAUACACGCAUCGAAGGAAACUAGCUUACCAGCGGAAAUCCAUUUGUAGGCCAGUCACCUUUUGCCAACGGGCCGCGGCAACAGUUUACGCCUCGGGGGCGAUAGUGCAGCAACGAAGCCGUUUAUACGUUGAAAGCCGGGUGCCGUGCAAGCGAAGACGAAGAAUAAUGAUGGUACGGUGGCAGAAGCUUGAUUAAAGCUCGCUAGGAACGAUAGACAAACUGUUCGCCGCGUAGAAUAGCAGCGUGUCCAAGGAAGAAAGCUCAGCAUCAUCUGGUGUCCACUUUUUCUCGACAAAACUAACCUAACAGGCAGUCGGGCUGAUUUUACCCCUAGUGGAAGCAAAAAAUACAAGCUUCACCAGAAGGAGGUUCUCCCGCAGGCAACCGGCAAAAUGAAGGGACGACAUCUGAGGAGACGAUUCAGCUUGCAGCCUUCCUUCAUGAAGGACGACAGCCCGGAAGAUAAACCCAAACGAGAGAAACCACUGAAAAACGACGAAAACUCAAUCAAUUCUAACGUUCGGCACAAAAUCGUUGUGAUGGGAGCGGCCAAGGUCGGCAAAAGUUCAAUCAUCACGCAGUUCCUGUACAACUCGUUUUCGCCCAAGUACAAGCGCACCAUCGAGGAGAUGCAUCACGGGCACUUUUCGGUCGGCGGAGUCAAUCUCACGUUGGACAUCCUGGAUACGUCGGGAUCGUACGAGUUUCCAGCGAUGCGUGCCCUUUCGAUUUCGUCGGCCGACGCGUUCAUCCUGGUGUACGACGUAACCGACAGCGUAUCGUUCGAGGAGGUCAAAGCGAUCCGUGAGCAGAUCCACGAAAUUAAAGCCACCAACGCCGUUCCGAUUGUGGUGGUCGGCAACAAAACCGAUCUAACCGACGAGGAUGAUGACGUCCGACAGAUACCGCAAGACACGACAGAGUCCAUGAUAACCGUCGACUGGGAGAAUGGUUUCGUCGAAGCGUCGGCCAAAUUAAAUCGCAAUGUUUCACAAAUCUUUAAGGAACUUCUCGCACAAGCCAAAAUCGCGUAUAAUCUCAGUCCAGCCCUGCGGCGGCGGCGACGUCAGUCACUUCCUCAGCAGGCCAGCGUCGGCGGUGGCGGCGGGACCGGACCACCGACGCCCCAGCAAUCGAUGCCACCGAGCUCGGUUCACGUUCCAUCCGCCGCACAGCUAGCGCAUCUGCAACAAAUUCAGGACAAAAGCCUCGGUGGCAAGCGGAACUCGUGCAUUCUGUCUUAAUACCCGAAAUGGGCUGAACCGGGCUGAGCCAUCUCUAGGAAUCCGAAAAUAUACAGAUAAAGCAGCAAACCAGUCCAAACCAAUUAUCCUGUUACGGUGUAAUCAAAAUGGUGUUUCAUGUAAUUCAAUAAACAAACCAGAAAUUAUCCUAUAUUCAAUGUUUGUGCGCAAAACGUGAUUCUGAACUUUGUUGUUUGGAUGACGAUUAAAUUAAAUACAUUAUGCUUACAGAUCUGGAAUGAUAAUCGCGAGUAGGUCAAAGAUGUAAAGUAGCGAACAGGAAUUAUACGGGUAAAUCCACAGUACACAAAAGCCAAUCAAAGUAGAGGAAGUUUCCCCCAAAAACCAUGCGAUGAAAGCUAUGCAGCUGCGCUGACAAGCCAAAUGAAAGCAUUUUUUCAUAAAAGUAAAUAAGGUCUUCUCCUCGAUUGUUACUAAGACGAAUUUUUAUAUGAAAAUUAGGAAAAAAAAUCUUUUGACGUACUUCACAAACAUAGCCAACAGCAAUAACCCAAAGUUCCUCCAAACUUUGCUGUUUCUCGACACAACUUAAUCUUUACCAACAUCUGUUAGUUGUUAAAUGUUAAAUAUUUCGGCCGGGUACAGCUUCUCCCGACAGGUGCCGAACUUCAAAGUCAAUAAUUUCCAUUUCUACUAAACACAAAAUCAUAUUGAAUACAAAAGCACAAUAAUCCUUCCGUUAAUUUCACUCUAAAUAUAAAGAAUAUAUGCUAUAUUCGUAGAAAAAGAUAGAAAAAGAUUCCAACUGCGAUGCAAUAAACAAAUAUCGAAAGAUACAAUCGAUGGAACGGUCGGACCGAAACGUUGCUAUAAAUAAUAUAAAAUCUAAACUUAUUAUUAAUGAUUUAAAGAAAAAAGAUCAAACACCACAAUAAGCUAAAAGCGAAACCAACAUGGAAUACUGCAGCAUUUUGCCAGCAGAAGAGCAGAAAAAUAAAUUACAAUGCAAAAAGGAUUAGUAUUAAUGUUAUGCAAAAAGGUCAUAGUUGUUAUACUUGCUAUCCACUGAUAAAUAAAUUUCUAAUACCCAAAAGAAUAAAAAAAAUACAAAUUUGCAAUGUUCGUCACACAAAUAUGUGCUUCUCAAUUCUUUAGUACCUAUAGGAAACAUGUCGAACGGUGGGAAGGAAAAUUAACUAAAAUUAAAUCGUUUGUACUCGAAUGUGAGAGUCUAGCAACUAUAAUUGCACAGUUAAAACAUUCCACAUUUUGUCACUCUAUUUAUCUUACAAACAUUUAUAUUAUUUUCCACAAAUACUAGACUUUUUACUAGAGGAAGCGUUUCCCCGAACACCUUGCUAGACUCUCAUGAUCGAUUACUUCACACGUAAUUCGCAGUAUGUACUGUAACGCAAUGCAAGAAUAGGAAUAACAACUGGGAAAAGAAGGGGGUAUGUAGAACUUUUGUACAGUAGGCAAGCAACGAGCGGGGGUUACCCCCUCUCGAAGACAAUUAUGUUAGGAAAUA